GUGCCGCUGAAAUCAAAGCAGUCAUUAGUGGCACCGUAAGCGGCGCUAGUGAGCUUUUCAGUCCCCGGAAGGGAAGAGCCGAAAAGGAGAGAAGAUACGAGAGCGACGAGUGUUUUGGUACACAGUGAUUAAAAGAAAGUGUAGCAAAAUGUCCGGUUCAAACGUGAACUAUAUGAAGAAAGUUGUGGAGCAGCUGCGUUAUGAAGCCAGCAUACACAGGGUGAAGGUGUCCCAAGCUGCUACAGACCUUCAGCAGUUCUGCGUACAGAAUGAGAAUCAGGACCCUUUGUUGACUGGGGUGUCUUCCAGCACCAACCCCUUCAGACCGCAGAAAGUGUGUUCAUUCUUAUAAACCAUUAGGAAUUUUAACAUUAUUUUUAUCAUUGGUUUUGGCAAAUACUGUUAUAUUCUAAACUCUGAAGUACAUAAAGCAUCAGGAAUUCAUCCAGUCUGGUUAUUAACCAGAGCCAAUAUCUGAACACAUUUAUGUGUGUUUUUUGUAUUUUUUUUUUUUUUAAAAACUUAAAGCAAUUUUGACAGUUUUAUGUGCCUUUAAAUACACCUACCUCUGUCUACUGCUUUCUAUUGUCUAUGCCUGCUAAGGAAUGUGUGUUCAAGUUCACAGUUGAUGAGGACCACGAUCACAUGAAUACUGUUUAUUUAAAAAAGAAAAAAGUACUAUGUUCUUCAAAGGUCCUAAAAUAAAUAAAUGCCAUUUAACUGCAGACAUUCCUUAUAGUGUGGUUUUACAAAAAACAAAUUUCUGAAUACACCGUGUGACUAUAUUUACUCAAAGGUGCUGUUCUAAACAUUUCCUUUAGAUGUUAUGUAAUAUUUAGGAUAAUUCAAUUUGUAAACUGUUUCUUGUAGUUAGAUGCCAUUCUGUCCUGAUGUAUUUUAUAUACAAA